CUAGAUCUUUCUUUACCCUCUCCAAUGACUGGAGUGCAAGAAAGAUGGUGAGGUCACAAUGGGUUGAGCUGCCUGAUGGCUUUUAUUGCCAUCAAUAACGUUUGCAUGGUCAUUGUGUCAAAUCAACAAAAUCAACAAAAAAUUCAAGCAGAUUUGCAAAUCAACAGAAAAAACCUCCUUGAGCACACAGAAUGAGCUUUAAUCUCACACUUUGCCCAUUCAUUUAUUCAGAAAUGAGACUGUAAUGGAACUUUAUUCUGCUACAGCACAGCCACUCAGCCCUAAGCACAUCACUAUGAACAACCUUUGACAGACAAUCCAGAGUUUACCAGGGCUGAUGCACCUUGAUCCAGUUGCUCAUUUCCAAGCUGCAGCUGUGAUGCCAGGUAAAUUAUGGAUUGCUGGAAGGGAGCUGUAAGCCACAGCUGGAUUUAUCCCACAGUGAUCAUCUGUGCAAAUGGAUUUUUCACCACAAUGAGGCCAUCAGAAUCUUUUCUCACCCCCUAUCUAACAGGACCAGACAAAAACCUAACAACUGAAGAGGUUACCAACCAGAUUCUGCCAGUUUGGACAUACUCCUACCUCGCUCUGCUUUUCCCAGUGUUCCUGCUCACAGACUACGUGCGCUACAAGCCCGUCCUCCUCCUGCAGGGCAUCAGCCUCAUCGUCACGUGGCUCCUGCUGCUCUUUGCACAUGGAGUGCUGGCCAUGCAGCUGGUGGAAUUCUUCUACGGCAUGGUCACAGCCACCGAGGUGGCCUAUUACGCCUACAUCUACAGCGUGGUCAGCACCCAACACUACCAGAAGGUCACCAGCUACUGCAGGAGUGUCACUCUGGUGGCAGCCACCGUGGCCGCCGUGCUGGGACAGCUGCUGGUGUCCUUAGCACACGUCUCCUACUUCUACCUCAACGCCAUUACCUUGGCUUCCGUGUCCCUGGCGUUCCUGUGCGCGUUCUUCCUGCCCAUGCCCCAGAGGAGCAUGUUCUUCCACAGGAGAGAUGCCCCUGAGCCUCUGCCAGGGCCCUCGAGCUGCCAAGAGGAAAGGAGCCCCGAUGCUGCUGCCAGGGCCCCGACCCCCCAGCCCCAGGCUGGCAAUGCCGGGCCCCACAGGCACAUGCUCAGCGUGCUGCUGCAGCUGGGCAGGGACCUGAGGGAUUGCUACGGCUCCCGCAAGCUCCUCUACUGGUCCCUGUGGUGGGCUCUGGCCACGGCCGGCUUUAACCAGGUGGUGAAUUAUGUGCAGCUGCUGUGGGACCUGCGAGCCCCCUCGCACAGCUCCGCAGUGUACAAUGGAGCUGUCGAAGCAAUAGCAACUUUUUUGGGUUCAGCAACAUCCAUGGCAGUUGGAUAUGUCAAAGUAAACUGGGAUAUCUCUGGAGAACUGGCUUUGGGAAUUUUCUCUGCACUGGAUUCUGGUUCUCUGCUUCUUAUGCACUUCACUGACAACAUCUGGGCAUGUUAUGCUGGUUACCUUGCAUUUAAAGCUUGCUAUAUGCUCCUUAUAACAAUAGCAACGUUUCAGAUUGCUGUCAACCUCAGCAUGGAGCGUUAUGCUUUGAUGUUUGGCUUCAACAACUUUGUUGCAUUGGCAAUUCAGACGAUUUUAACUGUUGUUGUAGUAGAUUCAAGAGGUCUGGGACUGGAUAUCAGCACUCAGUUUCUCAUUUAUGGCAGCUACUUCACAGUCAUAACUGGAAUUUUCCUGAUCAGAAGCAUAUACACCAUAAUUUCCAUCAAAUGCAGAAAUACAAGUGUGGCUGCUGAAAGCACUGCCCCUUAACAACUGAGACAAAAGCAAUAAUUACAAGGAAUGAUGCAGAAGGCUCCAUCAUCUGGACAACAAAUCAGGAGAAAUAUAAUGUUCAAUCAAGCAAAACUGGUCCAGGUUGAAGCAAGCUGUUUAUGAGCCUACUGCACAGAGAGCUUUGUCAACAGGAUUUGGUCCAUUUUCUUCACCAGCAGUUUAAUACAAACAUUCCUCAAUCAAUCUUCAAGUUUAGUGACCUGACAUACAAAUUUCUAUUAAGGCUCAGUGAGCACAAGGACAUACAAAUGCCUCAACCUCACACCAGAAGAACUCAGAGAACAACCUUGGGACUUUCCCUUCUACUGAGUAUUUCCAUCAAAUGCAGAAAUUUAAGGCAAUUUAUUUACUGACAGAAGACCAUCAGACAUGCCCAGGGAAUCUAAAGCAGCUGAACCAUACAAUGACCUGUCAGAAAAUUUGUCACAGAGGCCUUUGGAAAUCUUAAGGCUUUUUCAACCAGAUAUCACAUCUGCCUUACAGAACUCAGGAUGGUCCUGCAAGUGCAGCAUCUUCUUACACUUGUACCAGCUGAUGUUUAGGACUGAAGUCUAAUCUAGGUCUCCAUAUUACUUUCUGUAUAAGGGGUCUAAAGUUAUCAAGUGAAGUGCUCUGAUGCUAAAGCAUAAAAAUACAGCUUUUAGGCAACUAUGCUAUUUGCAUGAACAAUUGAGGGAACAACUGCAGAGAUUUCCAUGAUAAAAACAUUUAAAAUCGGGGUGAAAAAUUCAUUUUGUAAAUACAGCUAUUUUAAAACCUAAUCAAUGAAACACCUAUGGUGUCAGUUUAUGCUCAGUAUAUAGAAGACUCAAAACAAUACAAAAUCUUCAGCUUA